AGGAAACAGAAAACGUUUUCAUCAGGCAGAGUUAGGGCGGCCACCCCUUCGGGUGGGGGCCUUUGGGCCUUUGCGUCCGAAGCGGGAUCGGACGGAAGAAGAGUGCGAGCAAGAUGAACCUGGAGCUGCUCGAAUCCUUUGGGCAGAACUAUCCAGAGGAAGCUGAUGGCACGUUGGACUGUAUUAGUAUGGCUCUUACAUGUACUUUUAACAGAUGGGGCACUCUUCUAGCAGUGGGUUGUAAUGAUGGCCGAAUUGUCAUUUGGGAUUUCUUGACAAGGGGCAUUGCAAAAAUAAUAAGUGCCCAUAUUCACCCAGUUUGUUCAUUAUGUUGGAGUCGAGAUGGUCACAAGUUAGUGAGCGCAUCAACUGAUAAUAUGGUGUCUCAGUGGGAUGUUUUGACUGGUGAUUGUGAUCAGAGGUUUCGUUUUCCUUCUCCUAUUCUGAAAGUCCAGUAUCAUCCCCGUGAUCAAAACAAGGUGUUAGUAUGUCCGAUGAAAUCUGCGCCUGUAAUGCUAACAUUGUCUGAUUCGAAGCAUGUUGUCCUACCGGUAGAUGAUGAUUCUGAUCUCAAUGUGGUAGCUUCUUUUGAUCGACGAGGAGAAUAUAUCUACACGGGGAAUGCUAAAGGAAAGAUCUUGGUGUUAAAAACAGACACUCAGGAUCUUGUUGCUUCCUUCAGAGUGACAACAGGAACCAGCAACACUACUGCUAUUAAAUCUAUAGAAUUUGCUCGAAAAGGAAGUUGCUUUCUCAUAAAUACUGCUGAUCGCAUAAUCAGAGUUUAUGAUGGCCGAGAAAUCUUGACCUGCGGUAGAGAUGGGGAACCAGAACCAAUGCAAAAACUACAGGAUUUGGUGAACAGGACACCUUGGAAGAAAUGCUGUUUCUCUGGUGAUGGGGAGUAUAUUGUUGCAGGGUCAGCCCGUCAGCAUGCUCUCUACAUAUGGGAGAAAAGUAUUGGCAACCUUGUGAAAAUCCUGCAUGGCACCAGGGGAGAGCUGUUGCUGGAUGUGGCAUGGCAUCCUGUCCGACCAAUCAUUGCUUCUAUUUCCAGUGGAGUGGUAUCUAUAUGGGCACAGAAUCAAGUGGAAAACUGGAGUGCCUUUGCACCUGAUUUUAAAGAGCUGGAUGAAAAUGUAGAAUAUGAAGAACGGGAGUCUGAAUUUGACAUAGAAGAUGAAGAUAAAAGUGAGCCAGAACAGACAGAUGAUGGUUGUCUUCACCUGCUGACAGCCAGUUGCCAGCAGUAUGACUGGAGGCCAGCUACCAUAAGAAAGCCAUGUGAAGCUUCAGAACUGGGGUCCAUGCUAAGUAAACGUGCUGAUGCUGCAGAAGAUGAGGAAGUGGAUGUAACUAGUGUAGACCCUAUUGCAGCUUUUUGUAGCAGUGAUGAAGAACUGGAAGACUCUAAAGCUUUACUCUACUUGCCUAUUGCUCCUGAGGUGGAAGACCCAGAGGAAAAUCCAUAUGGGCCUCCACCAGAUGCAGUUCAGACCGCUUUACCCGAUGAUGGAAUAGGCUCUGAGAAGAAGCGGCCAUCUUUGUCCGAUGGACCUCAGCCUCCAAAGAAGAAACCUAAAACAACCAACAUAGAACUGCAGGGAGUACCUAAUGAUGAAGUCCAUCCACUGCUGGGUGUAAAAGGAGAUGGUAAAUCCAAGAAGAAGCAAGCAGGGAGACCUAAAGGAUCAAAAGGUAAAGAGAAAGAUUCUCCAUUUAAACCGAAACUCUACAAAGGGGACAGAGGUUCUUUACCUCUGGAAGGAGCAGCGAAGGGUAAAGUGCAGGCGGAGCUGGGACAGCCUUUGCCAGCAGGUGGUGGAAUCUCGGAGUUGUUAUGAAAGCUUCCCUCCUCAUUCUUUUUUCUUACUUUGACGUCAUUACAUGGAAUAAGGACAAAUGUUAAGUCAGAUAAAGGACUGCCUUCAUGUGGGAAACAAAAUCUGACUGAACUGCCUGCAUCUCCAGGGAACAAUUUAUGCAAAUUAUGGAAGAGGAACAUUUUUGUCCCUAGACAUUUAUUUUUACUAAUAGUAAAUGGACAAGGAAAGAUUGAUAUAAAAUCUGAUGGGAAAGAGCUGGUUUUUGCCCAUAAUCUUCUAGAUUAUUGUUGCCUAGAGUACAAAGUAUGGAACAAGAUAAGAAACAUGUACAUUGAGUCCUGGGUUACUUUAUGUUACAUGGCUUUAUUCUUGAGAGAGAAAAAUGCUGGAAUCUCAUUGAAUUCCUCCAACAGGCUUGUGACCGGCUAAAGCAAAUUACUCUUGAGCCUUGUUGUUUAUUUCUCAACUACAUUGAAUUGUAAAUGCAGUUAGUGCUUAGCUUACUAUCCUACAGCUAUGAGAUAUUGUAAAUUGAUCUAGUUUUCAAACGGGCUGUUGAAAUCCAGAUGUCUCUGAUGUAUAAGAACAAAAACUAUUUUUCCGAGGGAGAAAAGAAGCAUAUAAAAAAACAAGCAGAGAGAGCAAAAAGCAUGAGAGACUCUUGUUUCUUCUCACCAUUUUUUAACCACAUCCAGAGAUGCCUGUUUCCCAAACCCUUCAGGUUUGUUCUAGGGAGAACAAACUUUCCUUAGACUCCAUAGAGGAAGUGUGUAAAAAUGGAAAACAUGGACUUAUAUUAAAUGGAUGCGUUUUGUUCAUAUGCUCUGAAAACAAUUUGGGGAUGUGAAUGUUGGUCCUGGGUCUAUUUUACAAAACAGGCUUUUCAUUCAGGAGAUAUUUAAAAUGAUGACAGUGAUGUCUUCAAAGUACAACUAAAGGAUAUACAGGUGAUUUACAUACUUGUAUCUAUCUAUAGCAGGGCUGUCAAACUCCCGGCCCAUGGGCCGGAUGCGUCAUGCGCUGCUCACGCCCACGCCCGAUUUAGUGAAGGGGGGGAAAGUCCCGAUACGUCACGUGACGCCGCCGUGACGAUGUGAGUUUGACACUCCUGAUCUAUAGAAUGGAUAAAGGUGUUUUAAAUAUGCCUUUUAGUUUGUUUUGUUUUCUGCAUAAUGUUCUGUGGUAUGUUUCUUCUAAAUAUAUCCUGAGUUGAAAUCUCAUAUUUUGUAUAUUAUUAUUUAUGCCAUCCUAGAAUUUUAUGCAACAUUCUCUUAUAUAAUCUGGUCACCUACAGAGCUUUCCAGUGCAUAUGAAGAAUAAUAGAAAAGCUGGUUGGAUAAUGACUGUUGUAUUGUUUAUGUGGUAUUGUGAAUUCAAAUCAGAUCUGUUUUCUACAGUUUAGUGUGCUUUAUUUUUCAGUUUUCUAUUAUUAUUUUUUGUUACUAUUGUAGUUUGUACAUAACCUGAAAAAUAAUUGCUUUGUAGCUAGUGUAAAGUACUGUUGUGAUGUUAGCGUCUCUAUUUGUAAAUAAAGAGGUACGUUUUAUUUCUUAAA